AUGGCAAUCGCUGCCAGCAUCGGUCUGGUGGCCGAGGCUAUCCACCGCCACAAGACACCAGAGACUCCCACUGAGAAUGACGUUGCGCGUAUUCCCCCGGAAGACGAACAGUGGGCGCUGGAUGAGAUCCAGGACGAGCUAUGUCAGGGUCCCCCUUCGGACAGCGAGGACCAACCAAAGAAGAUCCGUAAUCCAGCCCAUCUGGCAGAUGAUUUCCUCCAGCGAUACCCGCCUCCUUCCCCGGGCAGCGCGUCCACAAGUCGACUCUCGUUGCCCGUCAUCAUCCCCCAGCGUCGGCCCGGAGUGCGCGUCCGGGGCUUCGUGAGAGCCUAUGCGCCGGACCUCCAGGUUUGUGACAUCAAUCAGGAUACCUUCAUGGAUUUCCUGGUGACAUUUACGCGCGCCAGCCGGGCACCGCAGUGGAUGAUGGCCACCAAUUUGACGGCCGCCGCAGCCUUUGCCUUGCCGGGACACGCCAUCGGGUGCGGGGUGGGAUUCGCCAUCCAGGUUGUCAACGCCAUUGCCAUGGAGAUGAGGGGCCGUGUGCAGGCCAACACCUUCCUGCAAAAGCUAAACCAGGGCUUCUUCCAGCCGCGCGGACUUUAUUGCCUGGUGCUCUCCUUUGACAAUACCUACGAGGAAGCUAUGACCGACGAGUCGUUGGCCACGGCAAUUUCCACGACCUCGGAUGUGAAGACAGGCGUGCGCAAGUACACAGAUAAGCUGCGCACCCACAGCGGCACUACUGGGCCUUCUGAGUUCCCAGAAUCCGCUCCGCUGGUCUUCCCCGUCCUGGAUUGGCUGGAGACCAACGCCAACACCGAGCAGGCGGAGAAACUGGGAAGGUAUAAGAAGUUCCGCAAGUUUGUGGCGGAUUACUACGACCGACGGGCGCAGGCAGAAUAUGCGGCGAGGAACCCGACGAGCCCCUUGGCAGCGCCCCCAAAUCGCGCGUUUACGUCCAAGUUCGCCGACCCCAACGACAACACCAACAAAUCCCCAAUAUCGCUGGCUACAGGGGGGUUGGUUCCCUACAACACCACUUGGCGGGGGGAGGCCCGGAACGGCGAGGGACGUGGAGCGCGGCGCAAUAUUGCUGAUAAAGUGUUGUAUAUGAUCAUCGUCAACAUGCCCUCAGAUGAUGACAUGAGCCGUGCAGAGAGUAUCAUGGCUACAGAGGUGGCCACUGAAUCAUCUGUCUAG